CUCACGGGGCAGAACACAGGGCUAGCUCGCUAUAAACAUAGAGAUAUUGCAAAUGUGAGGAAGGGCGGAGGUGUUUAAGCAGAGGCAUUUGAGGAUUAUUCAGCUCCAGAAGGUCUGUGUGAGGAGUGCUAUCUCUGCUGUGGCUGAAAAUAGGAGGUUCCUACCCCUACCUGUCUUAAUUAUUGCCACCAAAAGGACCAUUUUGCCACCACUGUGGGAAGAAGUGCUUGCUGCCACUGACAAGGGCAUGAGGAUUAUGACCUUAUGUGCAGCUCUGCAUAGCUGUCCACUUGGAGAUGAUGGUGACUCCUUAGAGAACAGAUGCCAACUCCUGGUUAACAAUCAGUAUAGAGCUCCUUCUCUCCAGAAGAUUUGAUAACUGCUUUUCACCAGCUCUCCAACUUUUUUCCAUCAUGUUGUCUUUACCAGCCUAAAAUUUCCUAAAAUGGUCCUUUUGCUGUUCCUUGCAAUCCUGCUGUUGAAGGAAGAUGUCUGCGGGAACUUUGGGCUUUUUGUUUCAGCACAGGCAAAUGAGAGAAGAGUGGUUGCACACAUGCCUGGUGAUAUUAUCAUUGGAGCUCUAUUCUCUGUCCAUCACCAACCAACUGUUGACAAAGUUCAUGAGAGGAAAUGUGGAGAGGUAAGAGAGCAAUAUGGUAUUCAGAGAGUGGAGGCAAUGCUACAUACCCUUGACAGAAUUAAUUUGGACCCCACACUGUUGCCAAAUAUAACACUAGGAUGUGAAAUAAGGGACUCCUGCUGGCAUUCUGCUGUGGCUCUGGAGCAGAGCAUUGAGUUUAUAAGGGACUCUCUCAUUUCUUCGGAAGAAGAGGAAGGGAUGGUGCGAUGCGUGGAUGGAUCAUCGUCGUCUUUCCGCUCCAAGAAACCCAUUGUUGGUGUCAUUGGGCCUGGCUCCAGCUCUGUUGCUAUCCAGGUCCAGAACUUGCUGCAGCUUUUCAAUAUACCUCAGAUCGCUUAUUCUGCCACAAGCAUGGACCUAAGUGACAAAACUCUGUUCAAGUAUUUUAUGAGAGUGGUGCCCUCUGACGCACAGCAAGCAAAGGCGAUGGUGGACAUUGUCAAACGGUAUAACUGGACCUACGUUUCUGCUGUACACACCGAAGGAAACUAUGGUGAAAGUGGAAUGGAAGCUUUCAAAGAUAUGGCAGCCAAGGAAGGGAUCUGCAUUGCACACUCCUACAAGAUCUACAGCAAUGCUGGCGAGCAGAGCUUUGACAAGCUGCUGCGAAAGCUUCGGAGCCACCUGCCCAAGGCAAGAGUGGUUGCCUGCUUCUGUGAAGGCAUGACUGUCAGAGGCCUCCUGAUGGCCAUGAGGCGCCUGGGACUCGCUGGAGAGUUCUUGCUGCUAGGCAGUGACGGCUGGGCAGACAGAUAUGACGUGACAGAAGGAUACCAGAACGAAGCUGUCGGUGGGAUAACGAUCAAGCUGCAGUCCCCAGACGUGAAAUGGUUUGAUGAUUACUACCUACAGCUCCGGCCAGAAACCAACCAUCGGAAUCCAUGGUUUCAGGAAUUUUGGCAGCACAGGUUCCAGUGCCGCUUGGAAGGGUUUCCCCAAGAGAACCCUAAAUACAACAAGACUUGCACAAGCCAGAUGACUCUGAGGACCCAGCAUGUUCAGGACUCCAAGAUGGGCUUUGUAAUCAAUGCAAUAUACUCCAUGGCCUAUGGGCUCCACAACAUGCAGCUGUCCUUGUGCCCAGGCUACGUGGGCCUCUGUGAUGCCAUGAAGCCCAUAGAUGGUCGGAAACUCCUGGAAUCCCUCAUGAAGACUAACUUUACCGGGGUCUCUGGGGACAUGAUCUUGUUUGAUGAGAAUGGUGACUCACCAGGAAGAUAUGAAAUCAUGAAUUUCAAACAAAUGGGGAAGGACUACUUUGAUUAUAUCAAUGUUGGCAGCUGGGACAAUGGUGAGCUGAAAAUGGACGAUGAUGAAAUAUGGUCAGAGAAAAGUAAUAUCAUCAGAUCUGUGUGCAGUGAACCCUGUGAAAAAGGCCAGAUAAAGGUGAUCCGUAAAGGAGAAGUGAGUUGCUGUUGGACCUGCACUCCUUGUAAAGAAAAUGAAUAUGUCUCUGAUGAAUACACGUGCAAAGCCUGCCAGCUUGGCUCCUGGCCCAACGAGGAACUCACAGGUUGUGACCUCAUCCCAGUCCAGUAUCUCAGAUGGGGCGAUCCCGAACCAAUUGCAGCCGUAGUUUUUGCAUGCCUGGGUCUGUUGGCCACACUGUUUGUUACAAUUGUGUUCAUAAUGUACCGUGAUACUCCAGUGGUCAAAUCAUCCAGCCGAGAACUUUGCUACAUCAUUCUGGCCGGCAUCUGCCUGGGUUACUUGUGCACUUUCUGUCUGAUUGCAAAACCUCAACAGAUUUACUGUUACCUUCAGCGAAUCGGCAUCGGCCUCUCGCCGGCUAUGAGUUAUUCUGCUCUAGUAACUAAAACCAACCGCAUUGCAAGAAUCCUGGCUGGAAGCAAGAAGAAAAUCUGUACAAAGAAACCUAGGUUCAUGAGUGCCUGCGCCCAGCUGGUUAUUGCAUUUAUCUUGAUAUGUAUACAGUUAGGCAUCAUAGUUGCCCUCUUUAUAAUGGAGCCACCAGACAUAAUGCAUGAUUACCCAAGCAUCCGAGAGGUCUACCUGAUUUGUAACACCACCAACUUGGGUGUUGUGACUCCCCUUGGAUAUAAUGGGUUAUUAAUUUUGAGCUGCACCUUUUAUGCAUUUAAGACAAGAAACGUUCCAGCUAAUUUCAACGAAGCAAAAUAUAUUGCCUUCACCAUGUAUACCACCUGCAUCAUUUGGCUGGCUUUUGUGCCAAUAUAUUUUGGAAGCAACUACAAGAUAAUCACCAUGUGUUUCUCAGUGAGUCUGAGUGCCACAGUGGCCCUUGGCUGCAUGUUUGUGCCCAAGGUGUACAUCAUCCUCGCCAAGCCCGAGAGGAACGUGCGCAGUGCGUUCACCACGUCGACGGUAGUCCGCAUGCACGUAGGGGAUGGAAAGUCCUCUUCAGCCGCCAGCCGCUCCAGCAGCCUGGUGAACCUGUGGAAAAGAAGGGGAUCAUCUGGGGAAACGCUUAGCUCUAACGGGAAAUCAGUUUCCUGGGCCCAGAAUGAGAAAAGCAGCCGAGGAGCACACCUUUGGCAGCGGUUGUCAGUCCACAUCAACAAAAAAGAGAACCCCAACCAAACUGCAGUGAUCAAGCCUUUUUCUAAAAGCACAGAUAGUAGCCGGCACAGUAGCAGUGCUACAUUUCCUGAGGCUAGUGCCAAAACGCUUUAUGAUGUUUCGGAAGCCGAAGAGCAAUACCCAGCUCAGUACCGACCACAGACUCCCUCACCAAUCAGCACUUUGAGCCACAGAACUGCCUCUGUCAGCCGAACAGAAGAUGAAGCCCCCACCUUCCAGUCAGAACCUCCUCAGCGAAGCAGCUCCUCUCAAGGCUCCAUCAUGGAGCAGAUCAGCAGCGUUGUUACUCGCUUCACAGCCAAUAUCAGUGAGCUGAACUCUAUGAUGCUUUCAACAUCUGCUCCAGGGACAGCGGGGGCUGCUCCUCUCUGCUCUUCGUACCUGAUUCCACGGGAAAUCCAGCUUCCUACAACAAUGACCACGCUUGCAGAGAUCCAACCGCUUCCUGCCAUUGAAGUCAAUGGCUCUUCACAGGCUGCUAGGAAACCUUCAAAUGACAGCAUCAAAGAAGGCACUUCAGAGACCCCAACAGCCAAGCAAGAUCUGGAGGAGUUGGUGGCUUUAACUCCUCCUUCUCCUUUUAGAGACUCCAUUGAUUCUGGAAGUGCAUCUCCCAGCUCUCCAGCUUCUGAAUCAGCUCUCUGUAUGCCAUCCUCCCCCAAAUACGACACACUCCUCAUCAGAGAUUAUACUCAAAGUUCUUCUUCAUUGUGAAUGUAGUUCAAGACGAUGUUGGAGCUCAACAACUACAAGCAAGUAGUGAGGGGACAGCCAAGUCUUCAAGAUCUCCAGUGUUUACGAAGACAGAGUGAGAGGCGUUGGGUCAUCUUGUGAGGAAUGGAAGGGAAGAAGAGGAAUCACUUGAGAGGCGGAAACAUCAGAUUAAUUAUGCUGAUUUAAAGACAAAAUGACUCUUGGCAGAUUAUCGUGGCCUUAAAAAAACAUGGGCUUUUCAGAAACACUGAAUCUAUUUUUGAGGGCUUAUAAGGAGUCUGUUAAUCCAGUUACAUACCAAGUGCUUUGCUUUAGUAUUACAAUGAACUGUGUGUACAAUAUAGGGGACAGGGGGGAACUAGAUUGUAAACAACUGUACAAUGGUUUCUUUGUUUACUCUGAUCCCUUGCCCAGAAGCGAACCUUGAUCUUUUAUCAAGAAUAGAAGACCAAACAUUGAAUGUACAUUUUCUAACAGACUCAAAUCUGGGACCAACAUGUCAAGCUUUCUCUUUUUUUUUUCUAUGAAGAUCACAAAAAGCAGUAAUGUAUGUUCCUACAAAACCUUUUGCUGAAGAAUAUUGUGUCUGUGAUACGUUACACGUGGAUAACACUAAGCUGAGGCUUUGCAGCGAGUGACUGCAAUAUGGAGGGCUUUACAAGUGACUUCUCAACCUACGCAUUUGUUUAUGAAAUUCUCUUCUAUCAGCAUCAAAUUUCAAUUUGUUAUCAUUGGAUUCACCUUCACAACAACAAAACCCAAGGAAGAUCUCCUGACUAUUUCACCAUGUUGCCAACUAAUAUUGAAGUAGCAAAAAAUAUUUUCUGGAGUACUGUUUUGUAAUUCCCUUACCAGGGCAAGUUGUUGAGAUGAAUAUUAUCUUUCUAGCAGCACUACCAAGCUACAUAAUAGCUGCACUCCCUAGAGAAAUUAACACAUUUUUAUGGACAUCUUCAUGAUAAUGUUACCAGUUAAAAUACUUAUUCAGACUCCCAUCUUUGCUUAUAACAAACAGGUAAACGCCCUAAGGAUUUUCUCCAUCCUUUGAAUGACAGAAUUCUAGGAUACCAAUUUGGAUUAUGACAAAUGCUAACUAUCAGUGGGAAAGGUUGUCAUAAUCUUAAUUAAUAUACACAUAUAUACGGAAAAAACCCUGUGUCAAAGUCUACUUAGAGGUGAUUAAGCUACUCUUUAAUAAGCAACAAUUUUAAAAUUUGUUUUGCUGCUGAUACCUUGCAGCUACGAACAGUGACAAAAAAUACAUUCAAAGCAAUACAGAGUAAAGGUUAAAACAAAGAAGACCUAAUGAGAUAUGAACCAACAGAAUCUUUGUUUCUUUGCAACUCACAGAAGAAACAAGGGGAUUCCUCAAAUUUUUUUCCUAUAUCAAAGUAGUACAGUUUAGUGCACUUCAUACUGUCACAGCACUUUUUUAAUACAGGCAGGGAAGAGUUUUAAAGUUUGAAUAGUAGCUAAAAAAUUUUUGAUAGGUGUAGUUACAUAGAACUUGUAAGUCAGACCCUAAACGCACACUGUAUUUGCUCUCUUCUUCAUGACAUAGCUGUCCUCAGGUGCCAAACUUUUAUGGGUUUGUUUUAUUUUAUUGAAGGAUAGCAUGACGUGAUGAGUAAUGUACUUCAAGUCAAAGCUGAGUUGAUGUAGCCUUAUAUAGAAGACAGCCUCAAGGAAGGGAGCCUUGAAAUAAGGCUGCUAUAUUUUAUUUUCAAAACCUUUAGAUUUUGUUUCUUUGAAAAUAACAAAUAUUUUGUAAUCAAAAUUCAUACCUCCUUUUUCUCCCCCCUGUUCAAAAUAGCUAUUUGAUCAAAUAAGUAAAAGAUGAAAGCACAUUCACAUGUUUUAGCAAAGAGCAUUUUCUAUUCCUUUGGGAUGCUUGUUUCACUAUUAUGUGUUGCGCCCCAAUUUGCCGCUCAACAACAUUUAAAAAUGAAAAGUAAUAGAUGACUGAAUCCAGACCAGCACCUCACAGAGGUAUUCUAGUGACUCUAGAGUCAGGCAAAUGUUAUCCAAUUGCAGUCUGGGCAUGCUUGUCUUGUCAAGUACAGUCAUUUAUCAGCUUUGCCUAUAGCAUGAACAGGCAGGUCACAAAACAGCUCUACUCCAGAAGGCAGAUCCCCACACUAAGGCAUGACUGAAGGUCCUUGUUGCCCAUAUGCGGUUCUUGCAUCCUCGCAUGACUGAUCAGCACAGACUCAGCUCUGUGCAGCUGCAUGGUUCCCAAACUAGAGCUCAGUUUUGUCCUCUUGGUUCACAAUUCUAGCAUGUCUCAUCAUUCCCUAGCUGUCCAUGUCAUCAGGAGAAAGCAUCUUCUGUCACAGGUUACAACCCACAUUUAAGAGAAAAGCAUGUCCAAUCAGUCUGUGAUACAAACAUUCUUAUUAGGGGAGUUUAGACCACUGAAAUGUUGUUCAUGGAAGACUUAUAUGAUAACAUUUGUCUUCCAUCAGUGCAAUAUUGUUCUAAUAUACAAUGUACUGAGAUAACUAAUGUGAAUUUCGAAGGGAUUCUAUUACUACCUGUUCUCUUAUACUUCAAACUAUUGACCAAUAUUCUUACAAGAACAUCCUCCACCUCAAUCCUUCCCUAGAAUUUUAGAUCCCCUGUAGUCUUUUCUUAUGGUGGUGGACAAUUAAUAGAAUUGUAUUACUGCUAAAAUCUGUGGGUUUCACUGCACUGUGAAAUAAUCAACACUGGAAAUAAGGAUUAUAUGACAAAUAUAAAAAUAUUUCCUUAAAUACAAAACUAGCAAAAAGGAGUGAAAAAUAGUAACUGUCGAGCUCAGCAUAAAUAUACCUCUUCUGCUCUCAAACUGCACCACAGCUAUUGCUCAGAGCUUCCUGACAAUGGUCAUGUGUACUGUCAUGACAAUUUGGGUGGAGAUGCACCAUGUGCCCUGAAUGCAUGUUUCAAGAGCCUAAAACCCUAAUGUUGUGCAACCCAAAUUUUAAACACUUUUGUUCACUCUCACUUUUGGAGGAGUCUUGUGUCUUUUGCAUAUCUAUCAGCCACAGCAGACAUUUUAGUGACACAAGGAGCUAUGGAUGGACCCUGCUGAGGUAGUAUGCCCUAGGAGUCAGUCUAUUUUUCUUGAAAGAUGGGCAACCUUAGAGGCAUUUAAGGAAGGCAGAAUCUGCUUCAAUUGUGCAGACUGGAGCGCAUCAAUGUAAUUUUUUAUUACAUGUUUGAAUUUCAACAAAGGGAGGAAAGGUUUUGUGGAGAAGAAGGCAAAAACGGUGUAAUGUCUGUAGUAAUAAUCCAAAUGAGCCCAGUGGGAGAUUUGCAAGACUGGAAAGUUCUUUGGGAGAAGCCAGUGGUUUUGACAUAAGAGAAAAAAAUUAUGUAGACAGACAUCAUGACUUUGUUAUGCUGUUUGUAUGCUAGUCUUAGUUUAGGAUAUUAAGCUAGAGUGGCAAGGAUUUUCCAACAUAAAUGCAAAAGUUACAAUCAUGAACACUUUUCAAUCUAACUAAAGAAUGUGCAAGUACCAACUCAAUGGCUUGAAAUUUGCCUUCCCAUAUAGUGCUGUUGACACAAAGGGAAUUAAAGGAUUUGAAACUACUGUCAUUCUUGACCACAUGGACCUCAAAAAAAAAAAAUCUCUUAUUUCUUUUGUGCUUGAGGCCAGCCCUAAAGAAUGAUGGUGUAAUCACCUCUGGAUCUAUGCUUUUGAAAUAAAGUGAGCCAUUCUCAGGCCAUUUGGAAAGGAGCCUUUGCAAUACUGAAGAACUGUAUUUUUAAAUAGUCUCAGAAGAAUGAUUGCAUGACUUUGAAGAUGUGCUUCCUUGUACUUCUAUCUGAACAUUUGGUGCCUAGACUCAUGCAGAUACCUUAGACCAGAGAUUUUUAGACCACAGUCCACAAAUCACUUGUUGAUAUUUCAUGGGGCCUGUUCGAUCACAAGGUGCUGGCUUCUUCCAUUGAUUUCCAGCUACAAAAGUGAGAUAGAAACUAAAUGCUAAUUCAAAAACUGUUGUAAGUUCUAAACGCAAAAAAAAAACCCAAAAAAAGUUAUGUUAGUUUGCUUGGAUGUUUAUUCAGUUGCUGUGUCUGUAAAAGGAAAACUUUUGCUAAAAACUGAGAGAAUAAGCUAUCAAAAGAGAGUAAAUGGGAAGCCCAGUCCAUGACUCUUACUCUGGAUGAUAGAGCAGUUCCUCUGCAAAUGUUUUUUUAGUGUGCAAGACCAAACUGAAAGACUACAUAGUUGUGGGUGUAAGUUCUGUAAAGGAAAGUGUGCAACCUUGUUAUUCUGCUUAAUACAUCAUUUAUGAGGUGAGAAGAUAAAAGAUGAUAGCAACAGACAGCAUAAAAAAGAGUUGGUUCCUUAGGGAAAUCAGAGCACUAUGCUCAAUACUAACAAUGUGACCACAAAUUUUGUAUUGUAUUGGAGACCAGUGUCAGGUCUGGUUUGGCUGACCCCAAAAGAGAGACUUUGGAGCCUAAAGUUAGGAUUUCAGUAGAAUUUAAUACCUACAUUUUAAACUCAAUUUUAAAACAACUAUUCAAAUGCCACCUUCCUCCAGCAUCUAGCAUAGUAUGUCUGUGUAUGCUCAGAACUAACCUGAUUAUCACACAUCUAAGGAUCUUUGUACCUAACUCAUGUUAAAACCCAUCAAGGAUGCAGAAAAUAUGUGAGAGUACACAGAAUGCACUGUACAGUUUCCUGGCUGGAAAGUGCUCCAAUGACUCAGUGUUGAGAUAUCCUCUACUCAUUUCCCCAGGGCAGCUUCACAGGACAGGAACAAAUUCAAGAGUAUUGCAGUGGAAAAUGAACAGUGCAACCAGAUAAGACAUACACUCAAUAAAAUUAUAGAUCAUAUAUUACCAUUUAAUAUAAAAUACUUUUAAAAUUUCUGAAGCAGAGACAAGGUAUUUUAAUUUCAAAGAAGUAGAGGCAACUUUUUGUCUGUGCUACAUAUUGGCUAAAAAAAAAGUUAAAUGCUUCCCUAAAAAAUGUUUUUGUGACAGGAGGGAAGGAUGUGCCCUUAGAGAACUUCUUAUCUGCAGAAAUGUUGUCUUCCAUCUGGAGUUCUCAGACCCCAGCAUAGAAAGGAGAGAUUGAAUCCUCUUGGAUAGGCGAAGGAAUUAAACUUGAAUUCCUUAUUCUCUGAGACUGCAGAAAAAGGGACUUAUUUAAUUUUCCUCCAGCCACCUUUUACAAAGGUGACCUGGCCCAUCUUUGAAACAAAAUGUAUAGAUGUCUCCAGAAACUGAUCCCAGAGGAAAAUUAGCAUUUUCUGCACAUUGCAUUUGCAUACUGGCUCAAAUAGAGUAUUCCUAGACAUCUCUUUCCUUGUUGUGCUGCUUUCUUGGGCACUAACUCUUCUCACAAACUCCACAGAAAGGCUAGAUAUUUAACAAAAGGUCCUGACCUCCACACUAGAGCAAAAAGCUAUGUAUUACACUGAAUAAUUUUAAGCGCUGAAGUCCUUAAUCUAUUUGGGUCAAUGGAAUCAUUCCAGUUUAAUAUCCAAAUAAAGAUAAUCAAAGUUGUAUAGUGGCCACUGAAGUCUAGAUUUGACUAUUUGUUCUCCGGAGAAUUAUGAUGACUGGAUAUUCUUCCCACUCUCUUUUGAAUCAAACAGCAGAUGGAUUUUACUAGGUUCAUUCCUGAAGCUAGGCUUGGUGAAUAGGUCCUUCCUACCAUUCAUACUCUAUCUGGUAUCCCAAUGGGGAAGUCAUCCUCUAACUAAGCAUGUUAAGGGAUGUGAGUGAACAUAUCCAAAAAUACCCCAAGAGGUCACAAUUUUCUGCCAUUUUAAUGAAACUCCAAAAAUGAAGUCAAUACUCUCCAUGAACAAGAAAAUCAUUCAUCUGCUACCCAUUUCAGUGUGCACUUAAUCUAGUAAAGACUUACGUUGAAUUACCUGAAAUUUUUUUUUUGCAAUGGUUUAUUAUUUUAUCCUCAGUUCAAAUAUCUCAAAUCACCACCAACAAUUUUAUACUGUGAAAAGGAAAAGAGAUACAGGCCAGUGAAGCAUAAAGGUAAGUAAAAAAUUCAUCUGGGUGAUGAACUGGUGUAUAUGGCUGGUUUUGUCUCACCUGAGCAAUGACAGUAUUAACAAACAACAAAUAUUAAGUCACUCCAAUCUGCCAAAUGGGAACAAAUAUACUAUGUAUAUUACAUGUACUAAUAGGAUUAUAUGGCAGCUGCUGGUGGUAUUUGUAAUUAGAAAUCUAUAUAGAAUAUAGAUGUUUUAGAGAGAUGGUGCCAAUUCCAAAAGAUUUAUGUGGGCUACAAGUGCUUGUAAUUAUUUUUUUUAAUUUGCUAAUAACUUAUGAAGAACUGGUUUCAACCAUUCUGUGACCGUUUGUUCUUUUUUAUGUUGUUGCUGCUUCUACUAUUAAAACAUAGAGAAUGUAAAGUUAUUAUUUUGAUGUGAACUGAAAAAGAUUUUUCAUAAAAUUUAACAUUUUUAUCAGCUUUGGUUUGCUUUCUACCUGUACAAAUGUAAUUUAUUUUAGCAUUGAAGAAUACACUUGCUUGUUUCUCAAUUGUCUACAUCAUGUUAUAGUUGGUGUUUAUGUAGAGUCAGGUACUUUUUGAACAGUAUUAAAAAGAAUCUGUG